UCUAACUCUCCAACUGACUGGAACACUCCUUAGCACUUCGUCUUUUGCUUUUUUUUUUUUAAUAUUUUGUUCUUGUUCUUUUUUUGUUUUUGUUUUGUUUCUUUAAAAAGAAACCAUUUGAAGCUCAAAGCUGGUCUUGAUCAUAAUAGUUUUCAAGUUACAAAUUCUUUGUUUUAGCUCUUUCUUGUUUAUCUCAUACUCCAUUCUGUACUGGUUUUUUGUUUGAAGCUAAACAAACAACUGAUCCUCAUCAUCACAGUUUUUGUUUGAGAAUUCAUUUUGAUUUGGAUUUCCUUUUUUUAUUCCUUAAAGAACAAACACCCCUUUGAAGCUCUGAUCAAUACUACAAUACUAAGUUGCCUUGUUUUUGUUUUUCAUUUUUACUUGGGUUAACUCUGUUUUUUCCCCUGAAACUGUUGUAAUCAAGCUUCUGGCUCUUUGGUUUGCUUGUCCUUUCCGUAUAAUAAUUAACCUCUUUAUUUUCUUUCAUCAGAAAGCUAUUUUUGAUUAAGGUACCAUCCAUGGAUUUUGGACUCAAUCAGCUUCAUUUUGUUAUGAUACCCUUAAUGUCUCCAGGCCACCUCAUACCAAUGAUGGACAUGGCUAGACUAUUAGCUCAACAUGGAACCAUGGUUACCAUUGUCACAACACCCCUCAAUGCCAUCAAAUUCAACUCCAUGGUCGAUAGAGCAAGAAAGUCCAAUCUGCAAAUCCAGAUUCUCACUCUCUCAUUCCCAACUUUGGAGGCUGGCUUGCCAGAAGGGUGUGAAAACAUGUCCCAACUAUCCACACGUAACUUGAUCAAGAACUUUUAUGAAGCCACUAACAUGUUGCAGCAACCAUUUGAGAACUUGCUUCGAAGCUUGGACCCUCCAGCGAGUUGCAUAGUGUCCGGUAAGAAUCUUGGAUGGACAGUUGAAACAUCUCGAAUGUUUAAGAUUCCAAGGAUCUUUUUCGAUGGGAUGGGAUGUUUUUCUUUCUCAUGCACGCAUAGAUUAGAGAAUAGCACAGUACUUGAGGCUGUUUCUAGUUCAGAUCCCUUUUUGAUUCCUGGAUUGCCUCAUAGAGUGGAGUUGACUAAAGCCAAGCUACCUGAGAAUCUUCAUCCAGGAUCAGCAGACUUGACCGAUGCUCGAAACAAAAUGAGAGCAGCUGAAGUUGUAUCGGAUGGAAUUGUUGUGAAUACUUUUCAAGAGUUGGAAGGAGACUAUUAUGUCAACGAGUAUAAGAGGGUGAAAGGAGGCAACAUAUGGUGUAUUGGACCGGUUUCAGGUUAUAACAAGUCAGAGUUAAACAAGGUUGAGAGAGGUGAAAUGGCUUCCAUUGAUGUGAACCAGCUCUUGAAAUGGCUGGACUCAUGGGAACCAAGCUCAGUCAUUUAUGCUUGCCUUGGUAGCAUUUGUGGCCUCAAACCAAGGCAGCUUAAAGAGCUUGGUUUAGGCUUAGAAGCAUCAAAUAGGCCAUUCAUUUGGGUGAUAAGAGGAGGUGAGAAAUCAGAAGACUUGGAGAAAUGGAUUUUGGAGGAUGGAUUUGAGGAGAGGACAAAAGGGAGAGGCCUUGUAAUCCAUGGUUGGGCACCACAGUUACUGAUAUUGUCUCAUCCUGCAAUUGGAGGCUUCUUGACACAUUGUGGUUGGAAUUCAACACUGGAAGGCGUAGGAGCCGGUGUGCCAUUGCUAACAUGUCCAUUGUUUGCCGAGCAAUUCUUCAAUGAGAAAUUGGUUGUGGAGGUGUUGGGGAGUGGUGUGAGUGUAGGUGUUGAGGCUGCUGUGACAUGGGGUUUGGAGGACAAGUCCGGGUUGGUAAUGAAAAGAGAGAAUGUGAAGAAAGCUAUAGACAAAGUAAUGGAUAAAGGAAAAGAAGGUGAGGAAAGAAGAAAGAAAGCAAGGGAGCUUGGUGAAAUGGCAAAACGAGCAAUAGAAGAAGGUGGAUCUUCUUACCUUAACAUGGAAAUAUUAAUCCAAUAUGUGAAAAAACAACAAUUGCUUAGGCUUGAAAAUGCCAUCAAAUCUAGUUGAUAUGCGGAAGAUAAACUAUAAACUCCUUGUAAUUUAUUUCUAUCUUUUUGUUACUUUAAUGUUUUAUGUAUUCUUCCAAUAUGGAUAUAUAUAAAUAUAUAUUUAUAUUUAUAUAA